AUGACAUGUAAAUUGGCAUACCCGGAUUUCGGAGCGUCCAAUGUUCUGAGUCGCCCCUUUAUAAAGUUAACAUUAAAUGUUCCUGAUGGGCUAUCAUUUAUCUAUAAUUGUGUAACCAACUUUAUUAAAAUAUUUGUUUUCUCUUCAUAUCCUUUUCAGGUCUUGGUUGAAAAACUUCUACGUUCUUGUCCAGACAUAAAAAAUAUAUAUUUACUGAUACGACCCAAACGAGGACAUGAGGUAUCACAGCGUCUCAAUGAACUGCUGGAGGCACCGCUUUUUGAAAAAUUGAGAAGAGAAAAACCAAAGGAUUUGAGUAAAGUAAUUCCUAUAUCAGGCGAUAUAACAUCCGAAGAAUUGGGUAUAUCCGAAAGUGAUCAGGCUCUAUUGUGUCGCAAUGUUUCGAUUGUAUUCCAUUCAGCUGCCACUGUUAAAUUCGAUGAAAAGCUCAAAUUAUCAGUUACAAUCAAUAUGUUAGGGACAAAACGUUUGGUUGAAUUAUGCCAUCGUAUGAUGUCCUUAGAUGCACUAAUUCAUGUAUCCACUGCCUAUUGCAAUUGCGAUAGAACCGAAGUAUCUGAAGUUAUAUAUGCACCACCCUAUAAUCCUGAUGAUAUUAUUUCCUUAGUUAAUUGGCUUCCGGAGGAUACACUCGAUAAG